CAAAAAUAAGAGUUUUGCUAAAUUGUCCACAUAUAUAUAAACACUAGCACAACAGUUAUCUGUUUUAUUAUUAGAGAGCCAAAAGCUAAAGCCACAAUUUGCAAACAAAGAGGAGAAAAUUCAGUUUGCUUUCUUCAUUCAUAUAUACAUAUUUAAAGAAAUAAAGAUGGGUUACUGGCAAGCCAAGGUUGUUCCAAAAAUCAAGCAGAUUUUUGAUAAAAAUGGACCAAAGAAGGCUGCUGCUGCUGAGGCAUGCAAGACUUUUGACGAGGCUAAGGAGCUAUACAGCAAAGAGUUCGAAGAUAAGAAGACUGAGCUCCAACCUAAAGUUGUUGAAAUUUAUGAAGCUGCUGCAGUUGAGAUCAAGACUUUGGUGAAAGAACCAAAGGUUUCAGGACUGAAGAAACACUCAACUGAAGUCCAGAAAUUACUUGAUGAGCUUGUCAAGAUUGAAUUUCCGGGAUCAAAAGCAGUAAGUGAAGCAAGUUCAAACUUUGGGCCUUCCUAUGUAUCUGGUCCAGUUCUAUUUGUGUUCGAGAAAGUCUCUACUUUCAUAGUCACUGAAAACAAGAAAGUAGAAGAGGCGGCGGUCCCAGUAGCCGCCUCCUCUUCAGAAGAAGAGGCCGCGGCCUCAGUAGCCGCCGCCUCUGAAGCCGAGGCAAUUGCAGCUGCUCCUGUUGAGGUGAAGGAGAAAGAGAUAGUUGUUGAAGCCGAAGCAAAGAAAGAGGAGGAACCAGCACCUGCACCUGCAGCUGAGGUGGCACC